AUGUCCGAUCUCGCACCUUCGUUCUUGACGGACAAUUCCGUCGCCGCUGCCCUCAAGGAUGCAUACAGUUCGUUUUCAGAGCGAAGGGCGGCCCUCGGCCUGCCCAACCCAGGAACCGUGGAGAACAUCGCCAGAGAGGUGCAGAAGGAUGUCCUAUUGUCCAACUUCAUGUUCACAGGUCUCCGGGCAGAUCUAACCAAGGUCUUCGGCAUGUCUCCUCUGUUCCGUGUCUCGCACGCUUUCUCCAUGGGUUCGUCGGGGAACCUGCCUCCGUAUGCUUUCUCGGCCAUGUAUGGAAGUCCCAAGGUUUUCAUGCAAGGUAACCUCGGAAGUGACGGUGCGCUUGCCGCUGUCGGCAACUACCGUUGGUGCCCCAAGCUUGUCACCAAGACGAACACUCAGAUCAUGGCCGGUGCUAGCCAGGGUCUGAUGCAGAUUGAUAACGACUACACUGGCGAUGAUUUCUCCGCCUCCUUGAAGGCGUUCAACCCGUCCCUCUUGGAUGGAGGCCUUACCGGAAUUUUCGUUGGUAGCUACCUUCAGUCGAUCACUCCCAGCUUGGCCCUUGGUUUCGAGGCUAUCUGGCAGCGUCAGGCUAUGAACGCUCGCCCGGAAUCUGCGGUCUCUUACAGUGCCCGGUACAAGACCAGCGACUGGAUUGCUAGCGCUCAACUCCAGGCCCAGGGAACCUUCACGGCUUCUUACUGGAGGAAACUCUCUGAGCGUGUUGAGGCCGGUGUUGACAUGAACCUUCAGUUUGCUCCCAAUGCUGCAGCGAUCAUGAUGGGUGGACCUAGCAGAGAUGGCACGACUUCCAUCGGUGCUAAGUACGACUUCCGGGCUUCUACCUUCCGUGCUCAGGUCGACAGUGCCGGCAAGGUCAGCUGCCUGCUCGAGAAGCGGAUAGCUAUGCCCAUUGCUUUGACUUUUGCGGGCGAGAUUGAUCAAGCUAAGCAAACGGCUAAGCUUGGUCUUGCCGUGUCCCUCGAGAUCGCUGGCGAAGAACUGAUGGAGCAGCAAGAUAAGAUCGAGGCGCAGGGCAUGAUCCCCCCGCCGUUCUAA